AAAAAUAAAUUAAGGAUGCCACUGCUAGAUAUCAAUGGAGUGCAGAUACAUUUCCCAUUCACACCUUAUCAGUGCCAAGUGGAUUACAUGACUAAAGUUCUUAUGUGUCUUCAACAGGUUUGUUUCAAAAAAAUAUAUUAAAUCUUUCUAUACAUGAAAUAUUAAAUGCUUUUUUUUAUUUGGUCUUAGAUCAAACCCCCCACAAAUUAGUUACACAUUUUCAGGAUAUUAUGGAGAGGUCACUCAUAAGAUUGUUUUUUAAUUUUGCAACUAGUUAACCCCCACCCCAUAUUUUCAAUUAAUUCUAUGCAUCUAUUACUUUCAGAAUCAGAAUGGCAUUUUAGAAAGCCCUACUGGGACGGGUAAAACUUUAUCUCUCCUUUGUGCAUCCUUGGCAUGGCAAGAGGCUCGAAAAGCACAGGUUGAGCUUAAUAAGCAAAUUGGAAUUGCCUCUACAUUGUCCUCUGAAAAUGUCAAUAUUAACCUUGGAAAGCUUACGCAGAAUCUGCAGACUGCCUCAGGAACAAGCUGGGGCACUGAAGAAUUUUGUAAGAGAUUCACUUUAAUAUUUUCUUGUUUCUAUAUGAUUUAAAAAAGCAAGAUUACAUAUAAUUUAUAUAAGGAUAGCCUUAAAAAUGAAGAAAUAAAACUUUUGAUUCUGUAACUGUAAUGGCAGUACCACAGAACACAACAUUUAAGUAAUAACUGUGGAAGGAGCCAAACAUAUGUUUCUGAUGCAUCUUUACAACCACCCCACCCCACAAUGCUUUAAGAUAGAUGAACCUCUCCCUCCCACCCGAAGCUAUUGAACUUAUUGAAGGCAAUUAUAUUUUACUUUAAAUACAAAAUAAAAAGUUUUUGAACAUUUGAAACUUAACAAUUUUCUUGGUCAGUAAUAUUUUUUUAAUAUACAGAAUGCAUCAUUAUUUUUAAGAAUUUCUUAUUCAUCUUAAAUAAAAUAAUUAUAAUAAUUUCUGCUCUCAUUUUAUCCCAGACUAGGUCAAAUUAAAUGUUCAUUGAAUAUCAUUAAAAUCAACAAACCAAAAAAAUACACCAAUUAUUUAACCAUAUAGAUUAUACUCCAGGCUCUUGAAAAAAAAAAUACAACAGUGAAGAGAAUAAAGUAAAUCUCGAUUUGUUUCAAUAAAAUUUUGUUAAAUUAUUUAAAGUAUUUAUCUAUAUUUUAGUGGUGCCAAGAAUCAUCUAUGCUUCCCGAACUCAUUCUCAGCUUUCACAAGCAGCACAGGAACUAAAACGAACUGCGUAUAACAGGUAAAGUGAAAGAUUUGUCCUUAUUUUGCUAUGGUCCUUUUUCAUAUUAUUAAGUUUAUUUAGAAAUGAAAAUGCGUAUGUUUGUUAGUAAAAGACACUUUUGCCAUCUUUGUUUUGAAAAUGUUUAAAUAUAAUUAUAAAAUUGCUUUUAUCAUAUUUGAGUAAUUAAUAUUCUUAAAUUCUAUAAAAGACUGACAUCUUAACAGAAUUAUGUGUCCAAUUAACUGAACAAUUUUAAAGCAUUAAAAAUAAUUUUGAAAAUUAAAAAAUGACAAAAAAUAACUUUUACUAAUUUAGUUAUGCUUUUUUAAAUUAUUUCUUUUAUAAACUUAGUGUGAAGUCAUCUGUAAUAGGUUCAAGAGAACAACUCUGCAUUCACCAACAAGUACAAAAAUUGACAAGCAAUGCAGCUAAAGUGAGAUUAAUCUUAAUGUUGCACAAUAACAAUAUAACAUUUGUUAAUGCAUUUGGUAUAUAAAUUUAAUAUUACUAUUUGCAAGAGACAAGUUCUUUCAUCCUCUUUUGUACAUUUCUGAAAUGUAGCAAACAUAUUCCUGACUUUCAUGCAUUAGAAUGAAACCAACAGGUGUAAGCUUGAUAUUGAAUUAUAUCUAACAAUUUUAACAAAUAGCGUAACACAUUUAUACCAUUUUAUUAUUCAAUAAAUAAAAAAAAAAUCUGAAUGUAUUUUUCUAAUAGUCAUAUGUUGAUGUGCUAGUUUUGAUUUUUAAAAAAAUGCUAUUGAGAUUGAGAAAUAACUCUUAUAUACUUUUAUUACACCAGGUACAUAUGUGCAGAGCUAAAGUUACAGCUAGACAAUGUCAUUUCUAUAAUAAUAUUGAAGGUAAAACAUUAUGAUAGGUAUUCAAACUUACUUAACCUUCUUUAUUUCAAUUAGUUCUUGUCUUUUUAUUUACAAUGAUGAGCUUGAAUAAAUUCCACUCUGUCAAAAUUAAUGAAUCAAAGGCUGAUAUUCUUUGCAGAAUUUAAAAAGAAAGGUGAUGCUCGGAAGCUAAUGGGAAAUGUGGUCGACAUUGAAGACAUAGUCAAAGCAGGGCAUAAAACAAAGUGAGAAUUUAAUUUAAAAUCUCAUAUUGAAUAUAAAAUUGAACUUUAUAUAAAACAAUAAAAUACGGUUUGUUAGUUUAAUAUUAUUAAAACGAUAAUAAGUGAGAAAUUGUCCCUAAAAACAACAAUUAUAUUUUUUCCCCUGAAGCAAGUCAAAAUUUAUAUAAUUACUGUUACAAAUGGCUUGGCAUCACUACUGAUUUGUUACAAGUGCAGACUGGAAGCAUUUUAAAUACCUAAAAAUAAACUCUUGUUUCCAAGAACAUGUCCCUAUUACAUGGCCAGAGAACUGAAGUCUGAUUCAGACAUUGUCUUCAUGCCUUACAACUAUUUGCUGGACAACAAGGUGAAUAUUUUGUCUUUUCAAUACAGCUUAUAUUACAAUUCUGGACAUUGAUGUUCCAUCAGACAUCAUUUCUAUCCUUUCAUUGAAAAAAAUUAAGACUUCAAAGUAAUUUUAUUUUUUAUGUAUCCUACAAAGGUCUGAAUAAUUUAAAUUUAACCAGUUUAAAUGAACCAUUGCUUUUCCUUCAGUCACUAAAAGUGUAACAAUUUUCAGUCCAGAAAGGCCCAUGGUGUGGAACUUCAAGGAAGUAUCAUUAUCUUUGAUGAAGCACAUAAUUUGGUAAUUGUAAAAAAAAAUGUCUACUGAAUAUAUCUGUUUUGUUAUUAGUAUUAAGCGAAUUGAGAAAUACAAAAUUUUCUAUUCAACCCUUAUUACUAAGAUGCAAAUAAGUAAAAGAAAAGAAUUUUAUAAAGUGUUAAUCAGUUUGAAAUACGCUUAUUUUUUCUGUACCAAUUAUAAUUUCAUUUUUGUUUAGGAGAAAAUCUGUGAAGAAUCUGCCUCUUUUGAUCUCAGUUCUCUGGAUCUGGCCACUGCCAUAGAGGAAACCACUAAACUUGGAGAAAAAGUGGCCGAGAUGAGUGCCACAGAAGCUGAAUUUUCACAGAUUGAAGACUCAGCAAUAAGUAAGAUAUAUUUAACAGUUUUGUUUAUAGUUAUUGAGAAAAAUCUAUUGAAUUUAGUCCUAAUAAUAACUGAGAUAUUCAACACUUCUACGCUUAAGGUUGUGUAAUUAAAUUAAGAAUAAUGUUGAUUGUUAUUUACAUUUGCUAUAUUUUUAUUGAAAUGCUUUAAGGUCUAGUUAUUGAGAAAGUUUGAUAUGAAUGAGUUUUUUAACAAAUCAGCUAUUUAAAUCCUGACUAUUUUGGUUCAUGAUGCAGAAUCAUGGAGAAGUAAUGCUAGAUUUAAUGACAGUUUGGGUUGUCUUUUUUUUUUUUUUUUUGUAAGAAUUUUAUUUUUCAUGAAAAAAUACUGAAAUAUUCAUGAUGCAGAAUCAUGGAGAAGUAAUGCUAGAUUUAAUGACAGUUUGGGUUGUCUUUUUUUUUUUUUUUUUUAAGAAUUUUAUAUUUCAUUAAACAAUACUGAAAUCUUACUGCACUAUGAAAGCUACAUUAUGAACUAUAUUCUUUUCAAUUUCAGUACCAGAAUUUAACUUGGAAGAUGUAGUCAGAUUAAAAAGUAGGUUAACAGCAUCUUUUUUGGCCACCAAAAUACUCAUCUAAAUAAGUUUAUAUUUUCUGUAGUAAUUUUAAGCUAAAAUUGAAUUUAUGAAUGAAAAAAUAUCAUUAAGACAAUGUUAUAUUAUGAUCUAGUUGUUAACUAAAAAGUUUAAAAAAAUUUUUGGACUGCACACUGCAUAGAAAUAUUCAGUUAAAAUAGAUUUUGUUUUUUUUAAUUCCUUCCAUUCGACCAAUAAAUAUUUAAAUUUUUUUUUUUUAUUAGCUUGUAAAUCUACAUGUUUGUGCAGUUAUAAAAUUGUAUUGACAUGGUGCAAACUGAUGAUUACAUGUUUGUUUAAAAAUUCAGAAACCUUGUUGGAAAUUGAGGAGAAAUUAGAUGGACUUGAAAUCCCCUCUCAUGCUGAAGGCAGGACACUUCCUGGAAGGUAUGUUAGUUAUAAACACAUGCAUUUAAUAAUUUUAAUUAAACAAAAUAAAAAUAUUAAAAUAACCUUAAAACCAUUAUAUCCACAGGAUGCCAAAUGGUGUCUAUAUAGCAUCGCAACAAGAAGAAAGCAUGAAAAUUAUCCCUUUUGCUGUGCGCACAUAAUAGCAUUUUGCAUCUUUCAUAAAUGGAUCGAUUAUGGAUAGAUUUUAAUUUAAAAUUGAAACAGCUUGCUUAAAGUCAGAUUUCAUAGAAUACUGAUAUUUUACACAUACUUACUUUUUCCAUUCAUCUCGGUCCUGUGUGUUCCUUUCCAGUUUCAUCCCAUUUCUUUGUGUCUCCCUCUAGCAUGCAUCUUCAUGUAUUCUUUUGCCGUCCUCUCUUCCCUUUUCCCUGCGGAUUCCAUGUUAGGGAUUGUCUAGUGACAUCUGGGGUUUUACGAAUAGUGUGCACUAACCACCUACAUCUUUUCCUUAUCAUGUGUUCAGGAAUACUCGUUGGUAUGCCCUUUCCUUUAAGUCUUUGUUGGUGAAGAUGUUUGGCCAUUUUAUGUUGAGGAUCUUUCUAAGGCAAGUCUUUAUGAAGGUGUCUGUACUUUCUGCAUAAUGCUUGCUAAGUUUUAGGCUCCAAUGAGUAGGACUGUUUGGAUAUUUUCACACUGGUGAAUAGCAGUUUUGUUAAAAAGUGGAACCUAUGAUUAAUUUGAUAGCAAUUUAGAUCAGUGGCCUGCAUUUAACAUUAAAUAGUUUUUCACUAUUCAAGCGCAGAUAUCAAUAGCUCAUAAAUCUAGGGAAAAUAUACCACAAAACUGCAUAAUUUUAUACAAAUUACAAUAUUUAAAUUUAACAAUAACUUCUAAGAUGUCUGAGCCUGUUUUGCUGCUUAUCCAGAAAUUUGAUCGAAAUAAAUUUCGUCAACGGUAAUUUGAUCGAACGGAUAUUUGGUCUAAUCUUUUUUUCAUUUUUUACGUUAAAAUUUUGCUUCAAAUUUCUUUUUGAAUGCAUUAUUUUGUUUUACUAUAUAGUAUAGUGCGUUCAAAAAGAAAUUUGACGAAAAAAAGAUUCGACCUAAUUUCUGUUUGAUCAAAUUUCCGUCGAUCAAUUUACGGUCAACGAAAUUUCUUUCGAUCAAAUUUCCGUUAACCGUUUUUGCUGAACAUAGUUGUUUUAUAUGUGACUUAAUGUCUGAUCAAGCAACUCAAAGAUCACACUGAAUGUUUUUCAAGCAUGACUUCUAAACCUAUUUCUAACAUUAAGAGUAGGCGAACAGUUGUUGAAAAUGUUAUCUGAACUGCCAUAGCCAAGUUAGAAACUCUAGGAUAUUCUUCCUUGACUUAAACCCAGAAAAGAUGCAAUGGAACUUCAGUGAACUUAAAUUUGAGUGGCCAUUUGGCGUGAACAUUUAAUCACCCUUUUUACAAAAUUUUAAUAAUUGUUCCCAAAAUAUCACAUGACAUGUUGUCCAAACCACAAAGUAAAGGCUUGAAAAGUGUGUGAUUAAGGCCAAAGAUUAAGGAAUUAUUUUACUAGUCUUCCAGUCACAAUGAGAUGGAGACUUGUCAUGUGACCCCCAAAAUUUAAACAGGCUAUUGUGCUGUGCUAUUUCACUUCAAACAUUUGUCAGCUUGUUAUUUAACUCGUCUUCCAUUUUGCUUCAACAAAUUUAUAUUGUUUUCACUUGUUUGUACAAGAUUUGCAGAGCUCUGAUAAGAUGUAAUUAUAUAUAAUUAAUCCGUUAAUUAUGCAUAUGUUCUGCAGCAGAUUGGAUUCUGCAUGCGUCCCUAAGAAGUCUACGAUGAACAUUGCUGACACUGAAUAUAAGUGAUACAUCCGUUCACCAUUUGUUUAAAGACAUGGGUGCGUUUUCGUACCAGAUACAGGUUGGACAACGCAUGAAAGAUCGAGAAAUGAUAUCGAAUGCGAGCCAGGAUGAUUUACUGUGGAUAAUUUUUGGCCAUGGUGAAUGAUGAUCCAUAUUUUUUAAAAGAAUUUUUUGUUCUUGGACAAAAGUCAUAUAUACUUGGACUUCUACAGUAUCGCCAGACAACUCACUUUCUUGGUUUUGAGUGGCCAGAUGUUAUCGUCCAGAAAUCAUUACACAGUACUCGUUGUUGCCAUUUUAAGCACAUUGUAUAGUAUGUCCCUAUUUCAUUGAGGAUGAGGAAAGCAAUGCUCUUACCGUUAUCUCAAGAACACCACAGGGGCCGGCCGAUCGAACCAUUUCUUCAGGACUUGGGAAGGUUCUGUCUUUCAAGUAACUUUCACUUGAGUAGAUUAGUAUCAACAGGUUGGGGUGACCAGCCAUACGGCUUGAGAAUCUAUUACCAUGCUGUAGAAGAACUUUCCAGGACACUUUUCAUGUGAUGUUGUACUGAUUUCCCCUUACCUGAUUCCCUCCCCUGUUCUGACACCACCUUAUGCCUACGUGUUGAGAGUGUUCAAGGAGAGUGUCUUCAGCUAUAAAAGAUCCACUGACAACUGUGCCUGCAUUAGGAAAGAGAAUAGUCUCCUCUUGCAGGCGUCUGCAGCUAACAUUGUCCAGUGAUAUGUUGGAAAAUCUACUUGAGCGAUAUGAACUACCCCUUACAGCAAGGCGGUGAAGACUAUGAACAUUUAUGUUACCAAAUCCAUCCCUGUGGCGCUACAGCCCAUGUAGGGCUUUGUCCCGCCUCACCACUUCCUUCCACUCAGACCAUCCAUCCAUACCUGUGGCGCUACAGCCCAUGUAGGGCUUUAGCCCGCCUCACCACUUCCUUCCACUCAGACCUAACUAAUGCCUUUCUUUUCCAUGCAUGGACUUUCAACUGCUGUAGAUCUUUUUCCACAUCAUCUAUCCACCUAAGCCUAGGUUUGCCUUUGAGCCUUUUUCCAAUACCCCACCAAUUUAUGUUAUCUACUCAGUGGUAAAUCAUUUUCGCCGAUGUUAGUUUCUUCCAGGAGAAAUACACUGCUUGUCUUUUCUUUUCGGUACUUUUCAGUUUUGGCGCAUGCUGUGAUGUGAACUUAUUUAAAUUAUGAGUGAAGCUUCUACAUUGAUCACUUUGUAAUCAUGUCAAGUGUUAUCUCUAAUAAUAACUUCAUUUUAUUUUCCAGUUUUAUUUUUGAAUUCUUAUCUGAGGUUAACAUCACUUGGUCAACAAAGAACUUAUUAAUAGAUGUCCUGGAUAAAAUGACAGCCUUCCUAGGCAAUGAUGGUAAAGGUCUAUAAGCAUACGAUUUUCUGCUAUAUUUCAGAGUUUGAUAUAAAGUUAUAAUAAUUUUGAUUUUCUUUUGCUAUUAUUGGCUUGUAGUGUAUGUUCUGCCAUGGGGAAAUUAUUUUGCAGAUAAAGUAUUCAGUUCCUGAUUCUCCUGUGACAGUUCAGGAACUAAUGUGUAUGGUAUCCAAUGGAUUGCAAUUAGGAUAUUUCAAGUGAAUGCUCAUAAAUAUGAUCCUAGACUUAAUCUAAGUUUCUUCCUCACUGUAUGAGCACAUUGUGCCAACAACUGACUGCCACACUGUGUGAGUGCAUUGUGCCAACAACUGACUGUCACACAGUGUGAGUGCAUUGUGCCAACAACUGACUGUCACACUGUGUGAGUGCACUGUGCCAACAACUGACUGUCACACUGUGUGAGUGCAUUGUGCCAAAAACUGACUUUCACACAGUGUGAGUGCAUUGUGCCAACAACUGACUGUCACUUUAUAAGUGCAUUGUGCCAACAACUGACUGUCACACUGUUUGAGUGCAUUGGGCAAACAUCUGACUGUCACAAUGUGAAUGCAUUGUGCCAACAUCUGACUGCCACACUGUACGAGUGCAUUAUGCAAACAUCUGACUAUCACACUGUGUGAGUGCACUGUGCCAACAACUGACUGCCACACUGUGUGAGUGCAUUGUGCCAACAACUGACUAACACUGUGUGUGCACUGUGCCAACAACUGACUGUCACACUGUAUGAGUGCACUGUGCCAACAACUGACUGUCACACUGUCUGAGUGCAUUGUGCCAACAUCUGACUGUCACACUGUGUGAGUACAUUGUGCCAACAUCUGACUGUCACACUGUGUGAGUUCAUUGUGCCAAAAGGGGCUGCCUCAUUUCUUUGCCACUUUAUCAUCAAGGGUAAUGUCCAAUUUAUUCUCGUCCCUUCAAAACAUCUCCUUCCAAGUCCUCUGAGGUCGUCCUUGCAUUCUCUUUUCUGAUGGCACCUGGUGCGCUUUUAGCUAAAAAUAAUGUGGCAGGUAGAGGAUUCGGCCAGUAAUCAGUUGGGCAACUGUAGUGUCCAAGCUUUACUUAAUUCCUGGACUGUAUUCCAACCCCUAUGAUAUAAAGAGGAGGAUUAGAUUUUGGGUUAGCAAUCUGACCCCCAUUUGAAAAAAACUGCUUAAGUAACAACAGUUAAAAACAAAUCAGAAAGAUGAAAUACAAUUUCAUCUUAAUCUGCAGUUUGUAAUAUUAUUGGGAAUAAAUGAAAACUAAGGGUCUUUUAAAUUAAAAUUUAAAAAAAUAAAGAAUUAAAGAAAUAAUUAACAUUUUUCCUGUUUAGAUUAAUUAAAUAUAGUAUGGCUUUAAAAAUGUUCUGAUUAUUUCUUGCUAGAGUCAUAAUAUGUGAAUUUUACUGUAAUUAAAAUUAUUUUUACAGAUGGAAAUUCAUUACUUAAUACAAAAGGAGCUGGUCUGUCAAAGUUUUCUGAUUGUUUAAAAGUAAGUUUUAGGCCUAGCGACAACAAAAAAAUAAAGUUAUAAUACUGAAACAUCAUUGGUAGGUGAUGGAGUAAAGUAAUGGUCAUUUACAUUUGAUAAUAUUUUAAAAAAACGUUUGUUUUGAUGCAUUUGUUGCUUACAGUAAUAACGCAAAGAUAUGUUCAUCUCCUGAUUAUCAUGUUGCAAUCAUUGAUAUUUUUUUUCCCUAAAUCUAAUACCAUUUUAUGGGUGAAAAAAAAAGUCAAUGAAUUAUGUAUUGAUUACAGAUUGUUUUCAGUCAAGAGCCACAUGAAUCCCAUUCUUUGUCCUCACACCAAAGUAUUUUGUCACAGCACUUUAAAGUAAGUCAAAUUUUUUUGUCAUCAGAUGGAGAAAUAUAUUUAUGGAAGUAAGUCCAGAUAGGUUUUUAUAGCCAUUUUAAUGUUUUAGCUACUGUUUUUAUAGUCAUUUUUCACAUAGUAGUUACUAUUCUAGUGUCUCUGGUUUUUUCAUUUUUAUUUGCUUUAGCAGUUUAAAAAGUUUACAUAUUUUUAAUAAUUGUAAAGCGCUUAGAGCUGUAAGGUAAGCGUUAUAAAAAAAAUGCCUUAAUAAUAAUAAUAGGUCUCCUUUGGUUUGCCCCUGACAAGUGUAGUUCGGUGUACAUUUUUCGGGUAUUAUUGAUGCCUACAAAUGUUUUUUUUUGGUGGGGGGACUUACCUUGGCUAAUCUUGCUACUUCCUUAAAAGCUCAACUUAUUAACUUUUCCCUAAAAAUUAGGAGCUAAGCUGCUGUUUGUUCUCACUCACACGCCUUAAAUGGAUUUCUUUACUUGGUGUGUAUUAUAUGUACUGCCAGAGGGUGAAGUUAGUGGAAUAGCACUGUUCCAAGGGAUUAUUUUUGUUGUUACAGAUAGUAUUUGGUUCCAGCUUAAUAGUAUGCCAUCCUAAAAUAAAUACAUUUUAAUGUAAAACUUUAUUAAAAUAAAAACACCAUUUUAAAGGUCAUGAGAGCUAAUUGUACAUUUUGUGUUAAGUACCUUUUGCUAAAGUAUCAACUAAAAUUAAAGGACAAGGAUGUCUCCCUUACUAAAGAAAAAACAAGCAUAGUUUUUCAAAUGUUAAAUUAAUCUUACUUUACAAAAUGUUUCUUGAUAAUAAAAAUAAUGUUACACUUUAUUUCACAGAAAAUUCUCAGGUACUUAACAUAAUCUCUAAUUCAUUGAGAACUUUAUACAACAAAAUAAGCAGCUUUUCUAAAUUGUCAAUAUAUUGUUCAGAAAAUCCAUAAUGCAGAUAAUUUAAAUAAAUGCUAAUUUUUGUUCUCCAGGUUCACAUUCAGAAAAAAGAUUCUGAUAAACAAUUUAAGAAGAAAAUUGAUACAUGGUCGUCAAAUACAAAUCCAGACAAAAAUGGUAUGAAAAACAUCUUGUCUCAUAAUGAUAGUCCAAUAUCUGGAUAGCUCAGAAAUUAAAACUAAAUAAAAUUUUAAAUAUAAGAAGUCCAUAUAAAAAUUUAAAUUUAUGACAAAAUUGUCAGUUUAUUAUUUUUUUAAUUUUAAAAGCUCUUUAUCAUUCUGAUCCAAUGUCACUUUGAUACCUUUUGUUUUUUUGCAAUGUACAGAGCGCAUUUUAAGCUACUGGUGUUUCAGUCCAGGCCAUACUAUGAAAGAUCUUCAGACUCAUGGUGUCAAGGUUAUUAUUCUAACAAGUGGGACACUUUCCCCUCUAGACUCAUUCGCAAAGGAAAUGCAGAUGUAAGUAAUCAUAGUAAUUUUCUAAAAAAUAUUGUGUGUCCCAUCCCCCCAAAAAUCCUCUACUUUUCCUCCCGGGAGCACUUGGGUAAGGAUUACGUUUUUUAACAUUUUAAUCAAUAAAUGAAAGUUAGUUGGGUCCAGUCCUUGAAUUUCUGAAUAAAAAUAAUGAAGGGAGAUAAAGCAUGGUAAUGUGCAAAGGAAAAAAAAGCUUAUCUGAAUACAACUUCUAUUGUUUUGUUUUUUUGUGUGGUUAUUUUUAUGGUCAAAUUUUGUAAACAACUAGUUUUAGUUGAUUUGUCUUAAAAUGGAAAUCAUGUGAAGUAAUCUAUGUACUUAAAACUAUUUGUAAAGAAUAGAGGGAUCUUUUGUUGUCAAGUUUUUUCCUAAUUGCUUGAUGAAUGAACAUUGACGUGAACAUUAAUGUUUCUGUAAGUAAUGUAAUAAACUGCAACUGUUGUCAGGCAAAUAGAGAAUAAAGAAAUUGCUAUUAUAAUUUUCUUUCUUCCUAUAAUCCAAAGCCCCUUUCCAAUACAGUUAGAAAACCCUCAUGUUAUAGAGAAAAGCCAGGUGUGGCUUGGAACCCUUUGCAAAGGACCUGACGGUACAGAGCUUAACUCAGAAUACAAAAACAGGUACAGAAAUACAUUUGAUCAUUGUUAAAAAUGAAAGCAGACCUGUUUACUCUUAUGAUUUUGGCGCGCAAUGUACGAUUUUGAGGUGUUUUUUUUACAAUUGUACGCCAAGACCUGUCACAACUACGAUUUUAAGCAACAAGUUUGAAAAUAUAUACAUUCCGGUAGUGUUUCUGAUUAUCAUAAAAAACUGGCUAGACACGGCAACAGUAAUAUUAGCGUAGUCGCCUUAGUGACAAUUUUAGUCACUCUUCGUUUUUUUUUCUUCAUCGCUGUAUGGCGUAAUUUUUUGACAUAAUUAUUUCAUUCGUCUGCACGUGCACUUAAUAUAAAUUAAUAUCUAUAGCAAAUACACGUCUGCAAAACAAAGUGAACACAAAUUACAAUAUAAUCAUUGGUCAUCUACUUUUAGAAGUUACCCUUUUUUACGCCAGCUUAACUUGAUCCCACUAGACACUCAUUGCAAGUAGUUAUGGUAUUCAUUAUAUGUACUGUAUGUUUAUUUAGUAUAAAGAUUCUGUAUUGUACUAUUUUGAGAUUUAAUUGUACGAUAUUAGGAGUGCUGAACAAGUCUGAAGAAUUUUUAUCAAAAUUAAUAAUUGUUUGAUAUGUUCUUGUUUUUUUAAAAAUGUAUGUGAACGUUAGAUAUAGGCUUUACAUAUAUUUUAAAAGAAUUUCUUGAUUACAUAAGGACUAAUUUUAUCCUUACUUUAUUCAAUGUUCAGAUCAAAUGAGUCAUACCAGAAAUCCCUUGGGAAUACCAUAGGUUUGUAGGGGUUAAUAAUAAAUAAAGAUUUCUUUAAAACAAAUAAAACCUGAGUCUUGAAGUAAUUUAAAAAAAAUUAAAGUAAAGCUUACUGCAAAUUGGCCUCCUCAACUAAAACAUAUUUACAUUCAUUGAAGUGGAAGAGAAAUAUAAUUUUUUGGAACUAACAUGUUAGGAUAUUGUCACUAAAUUCUCUAAACUUUUAUCUUUAAAUUAUUAAAAACUUGAAGGAAAAUAGAUACGAUCUUAUUGAGGAUAUUAGAAACAUUAUCUUUUGGCUCAAUUUUCCUUUUGUUAAAAGAUGCCAAAUUUUGAAAAUAAUUGUACAAGUUUAUUCUCCACAGUAAACUUUGCAAGAAUUGUUCCAAGUGGUCUUUUAAUUUUCUUUCCAUCUUAUCCCGUGAUGGAAAAGUGCAUUGAGAAAUGGAAAGUAAGUGAUUAGUUUGUUUAAAAUAAAAAUUCUUAUUUAAAGGAGUAUUUUCUUUUUUUGUGCAGGUUAAUACUACUAUGCUUCUUUUUCAUCACAUGAACUAGAAAGAACAAGAUUUGUGAAAUGUGAAAGCCUAAAUAACGAAAUAUAUUUGUCCUUUAUGUCUCACAGGAAACUAACCAGUGGAAUAUUAUAACCCAAUACAAGCCUGUUGUGGUAGAACCUAAAGGAAAAGCUGCAUUUGUAGAGGUACAUUAAUUUGCACUUGUUUAUUCAAUAAAUUCAAGAGUUCAAUCUUUGGACUUGACAAUGAGAAGUAAUUGAUUUUUAUUAUUUCUUUUUCGAACAGAUCAUGGAUGAGUUCUAUUCUAAGAUUAAUGACCCAACGCUCAAUGGUGCAAUUUUUAUGGCAGUGUGCAGAGGAAAGGUAAGUUUACAACCAUUCUAGUGUUAAUAAGAAAAGCUUGGUUCAGUGAUGAAUAUAAAAUUUUCCUUAUGUUAUGGGACAUCUUACUGGAGAUAGGAGAUGAAAAAAUGGAAGUGUCAGAAGUUGUUGAUAAUUUUUGUUUGUUUAUGAUUUUGCCUGUCUUUUGAAAAUGUCGAAAACUUUGAAAAUUAAACUUUAUGUUAAAACUGGAAAUAACCCGAAAAACAAUGGCAGGAACUUCCCAUCUACUAAUGUUACUUGACAAAACAUACAAGUAACAUACUUGAUGAGAAUCCCAAUUAGGGCUAACUUCUGGGAAUUUUAUUUUGUGCAUCUAUUGAACACAGCGUUAUAUGCAUACAUGUUGUUUGUUGUUCGUCCUUCGCAUGCGAAGGUGACCGGUUUUAAGUUAGGGGGAGUUGCUCAAUCAGACAGUCUAUUUGAUCCAAUGGCAAGACGACUGAAAAUUGACCACUGUGCAGCAGGUGACCAGCAGUAUGUGUUUCACUAAGCUCUUUAAGCCUUCUACAUAGCAGAAGUUGUCCUAAAGCCUACAGGACUCCAUCUCCGGGUUUGAUUUCAGAUUUUACCUACCUUCUCUUAGAUGAGUUGCCAUCCAAGGUUAACAAGCGGGGUGCUGGUGGUGUUUUUGCUUGUCUAGGCAUUUUCUGGGGAUUGAACUAUUGUAUUCCACAAACUUGGGAUGUACCGUGCGGGCCACCCAGCCAUUCAUCCAUACAUACAAAUAUACAUAUAGAAUUAUUAUUUUUUCCCUAUAUUUUGAGGGCCACCAUCAAUUUAUUGAUCCUGGUUUGAAUUCAGAGUUUGCUUUCUCUUAGAUGAGUUGCCGUCCGAGGCUGACGAGUCCCAUCCACCCGAGGUGCUGGGGAUGUUUUCGGUUGUCUUGGCUUUGGUGUGGAUUAAACUCCAUACCACCAGCUAUUUGGAUUAAAUCAGUUUUGACCCCUCGGCCACAUUUACUUUCCAUUUUAAAAUUAACGUCACGGUUCGUCUAUGAAAUUUUCCAAAAUUUUACUGGAUUCUUUUUGUGCAGGUGAGUGAAGGCCUGGACUUUGCUGAUGCCAAUGGACGUGCUGUGAUGAUCACAGGCCUGCCUUUCCCUCCAAUGUUUGACCCAAGGGUAAAAUUAAAGAUGCAGUUUCUCAUGGAAAAUAAGCAAAACUUUAAGGUAUUUUAUGUUCAUGGUUACAAUACUGAAUUAAAUCUAAUGAAUCUCAGAUUUGCAUUUGUCCAGUUAGUUAGCUAUUCUUCCCAAAACUAAUCUUGCUGGCUUAUAUAAACCCACUCCUGAGCUCUGUGAGACUGCUGUGGAUCUCACAAAGAUGGAACUGUCUUAUACAGAAGGGAACAGAAGGGAAUUUUUAAUCAGUUUCUUUUAAAAUCUUUUAUAUUAACUUUGCUUUUGUUCUUGUGUUUGUGGCAAAAUCUUCAGAUGGCUAAUUGACUCGCUUCCUGUCGUCCUAUCAAACUGAAACUUGGCACUUGGGCACAUGGAUGACUACACAUUCUUUCAAAUUUUCAGCCCCACCUUCCAACCCCCAAAAAUCAGUUUCAAGGGGAAGAUGGAUGAAAUAUAAUUUGUUCAAUGGUUGUGUGUUUUGGUUUUUUGGUGUGGAGAUUAAUAGUGUAGUUGUCGCUGUAUUUUGUAUUUGUGACAUAUUUGUUUUAAAUAUAUCUUUAGUCUGUUAAGUUUUACAUCCACUAAGUUUGAUAAAAACCAUUCCCAUACCAAAAAACAGUUGCUACAAUCAUAUAAAUGAGAAAUAAUGUAUAAUUACAUAAAUGUAUACAAAAAUGCAUAUAAAGGAUUUAUAAGAAAAGGCUUUGUUUUUAGUUUUUUGUGCCUCAUCAUUUUUAUAAUUGUAACUUUUUCAUCUCUGCAUCACGAGCAGUUAAUUAUUAAAACUUUAUAAUGGAUUAAAAACAUGAAACAAUUUACUUUUUUGUUAAUAUAGUUGAUGAUACAGGCCAAAACGUGCCAAAGUGUCCUCGUUUUAUAGCCAUUUUAAUUUUUUCUAUAGUAUAGUAGUUACUAUCCUAAUGUCUCAUUUUUAUUUUAGUUAGUUUACAUGUUUUUAAUAAUUGUAAAGCGCUUAGAGCUUUAAGGUAAGCGCUAUAUAAAAAUGCCUAAAUAAAUAAAUAAAUAAAUGAUACAACAUUACUAAAUGCUAUUUAAAAUAACAUUUCAUCUCUUCCCAGGGCUUGGAUGGUAACACAUGGUAUCGCCAGCAGGCCACACGUGCCGUGAAUCAGGCCAUUGGUCGUGUUAUACGCCACAACAAAGACUUUGGAGCCAUAGUUCUCUGUGAUAAAAGGUUUGAGGCUUGUGUGACAUGCUUUGUCCCCGCACACUCUGGAGUCAGUGUUUUGCACAUCUGUGUCAUCAUUAUCUAUACUGAAUCAGCUCAUUGUGUGUGUAUUUGCUAAAAAAUUUAAGUUUGAAAUCUGUGAACCCUUCUGUUGAUUAAUACUGGUUUAGGAGACAUGGGUACCAUGGUAGACUUGAGUACCAUCGGAGUUUUGAUUACCAAGGGAAAAAGUAAAUUAAAAUAAUUAAGGCCUCAUUAAGAGUUUUUGAAUUUAUAGAUGUAUAAUAUAGCUUAGGACUUUGGGUCUGCAUGUGUACAAAUUAAAUAAAGGUUCCAAAAUGUAAUUUUCAUUAAUAAUUUGGAUCAUGAAAAUUGUCCUUUAUUAAUGUGUAAUUUAAUCGCUAUUAUUCCUAGUAAAAGUAGAACAUUGGUUAACAUAUAUGUAUAUUUUGUUGAGGUUGAUUAAUUUUAAAAAGUAAAUGUAUUAAAAUUUGAUGUUCUAUUAGACAAAUUUUAGAAAUGAAAAAACAAACAAAUUUAAGUCAUGUUAUUUAGCAAUAUUUUAUACCAUAGCAUUUAAAAUUGUAUAAUUAAAGCUUAUCACUUCUUCUGUACUAACUUACAUCCAGAUUUGAUUCAGCUCAAAGUAAAAAUGCCUUGCCCUUAUGGGUGCGGGACCAGGCUCAGGUUUACAGUAACUUUGGACUAGCAAUCAGGGAUGUUAUAAGGUUUUUCAAGGAGGCAGAGAAAAAUGUGAGUAAAUAAAAGCAACGCCAAGCAAGUAGAGUAGAUAUAAGACAAGCAGUGGUCAAACAAUAAGGCAAGGAGUGGUCAAACAAUAAGGCAAGGAGUGGUCAAACAAUAAGGCCAGGAGUGGUCAAACAAUAAGGCAAAAAGUUGUCAAACAAUAAGGUAAGCAGUGGUCAAAUAAUAAAGCAAGCAGUGGUAAAAAAAUAAGGCAAGCAGUGGUCAAACAAUAAGGCAAGCAGUGGUCAAACAAUAAGGCAAGCAGUGGUCAAACAAUAAGGCAAGCAGUGGUCAAACAAUAAGGCAAGCAGUGGUCAAACAAUAAGGCAAGCAGUGGUCAAACAAUAAGGCAAGCAGUGGUCAAACAAUAAGGCAAGCAGUGGUCAAACAAUAAGGCAAGCAGUGGUCAAACAAUAAGGCAAGCAGUGGUCAAACAAUAAGGCAAGCAGUGGUCAAACAAUAAGGCAAGCAGUGGUCAAACAAUAAGGCAAGCAGUGGUCAAACAAUAAGGCAAGCAGUGGUCAAACAAUAAGGCAAGCAGUGGUCAAACAAUAAGGCAAGCAGUGGUCAAACAAUAAGGCAAGCAGUGGUCAAACAAUAAGGCAAGCAGUGGUAAAAUAUGGGGGUGUUACACAAUAAGGCAAGCAGUGGUCAAUGAUGUCAUGGUUGUAAAGAGUUAUGAUAUUAAUGAUAAUUUUGUGCCUUCUGAAUUUGUUAGGGUAAGUUCAACUUGACUGAAAGUUAAGGCCAUUUUUGUUUAGACAAGCCAUCAUUAAAUCACACUCUAGUUUUACUCUGUUUUCCUUCUUUUCGGGUUGAAUUUUAUUACUUGGGGAUUAUCUCUUCCCUUAGAAUAGCUGUCUUACAUUGGCCAACAGUACAGCUCCAUUCCACCCUGCUAUAUAGUUAUAGGUGUGAAUGGGGGGGGGGGGGCAUGCAUGUAUACGCACCACACACGCACCACACACUUUUUGUCGAUUAUAUCUAUAUUUUAUAUUUCUUAUAUUUUGACAUUCAUCCACCAUCAAGUAAAUUUAUCUCAUCUGUUUUCUUCAUUAAAAAAUAAAUUAUCUGAUGUUCAUGGUUAUAGUGUCAUCAAUUAUCCUGCAGUUCCCGACACCAGGUUCGAAACCAGUAAAAUCCAGUGGGAAAACUGAUGCGGGUAUCAUCAGUGGAGCAUGUUUUGAGCCGAGCUUUACUAAGUCACAAGGUCGUCAACACCUGUCCAUAGCAUAUGAGAGAGCCAGUGACGUAGCUUGUCACAUUCCUAGCUUGAAGUCCACAGUAGGUCAGUAUUUUAUCAGAAUGUUAAUGGGGAAAGUAUAACACAAAUCUUAUUAAUUAUUCUCACUUUUUACUUUGCUCUUUAACUCAAUAUUCAUGGGAGAAAGAAAAGUAUUGUGCUUCAUUUCAAAAAAUGGCAUGGCUAGGGGAAUAACUUUAUAGUUGUUUGAACUGGCUCUCGUCUCAUGCUAGAGGUUGUAUGUUUAUUUAACUAGUUGUAUAAUUAGGGUGCUGGUGGCCAAGCGGUUGUUACUGAGUCAAGCUUGGGGAACCAGAGUUCAAACCUCAGAAAAGGCCUAGACAAACAAAAACACCACCAGAGGUAGACAGUAUUCGCCAACCCUGGAUGCCAACUCAACUUAGGGAAGGAAAACUCUGUUCAAACCCGGAGAUGGAGUCCCGUAGGCGGUACGACUUGACACAAUGAAAAUUCUGGCAACUCCUGCGAUACUACUGGUGCCAACCUGCAUCAUCCACAUAUGAUGUUCCCUUGAGUUAUCCACAUGCUAGAGAGAAGUAUUUUGCUGUCUUAAGGAUCCAGCUUAUCUCCUGAAGAGAAAAUCCCAGGCCUGGCGAUUUCAAAGUCUACACCAUCAUGACAUUGAGAAGGGCGUAUGCCAGAAAAAAAUAGUUGAGGACUCCUACUAGUAGUUAUAUAAUUAUCCUUUAUUUUUAUUUAUGGGGUCUCUAGUUAAAGGUCAUGCAAUGAAAUUUUUAAAGUAUGCUUGUUUGCACUAUCAAAGUAAAAAGCAUCAUUAGCUUGAUUGAGAGUUAUCCUGCAUGUGUCAGUGGCAGACAUUUAUGUUUUGCAGUUGGAAAAUUGAAAAAGGCCAUCUCACCAUAAAUGGGUACCAUUCUAAGAUAAUACAUCAAUUGUUUUAAGUAUGAUCAUCAGCCAUUAGUCAGCUCAGAUAUAUUAUUCCUUUGUCCAUUGUUUCCAUAAUAAACCACUAAUUGUCUUUUUAUUAUGAACAGAUGAUGAUGAUGCGAGUAUAUAUCGGCAGUACUCACACAAAAAAUCUGGAAUUACUCUGGGUAAAAAAAGAUCUCUCCUUGAGGCAUUGGAAACAGACGAGGUUAGUUUAUUAUUUCUACAAAUUUAUUAAAAACAAAGAAUUGAUGGCCGAGUUAUUCCCAUAACCAAACCAUCAAAAUUGUCUCUCUUUGUUCAGUUUUUACGACAAAAUUACCAAAUUGAGAAACAUGCUAUAUGUAUUGAUUUCAGUGGCACUUUUCUUUUAAUGGUUUUAAAAAUGUCACUGUAAUCUUAACUUACUUAAUAUAUCAUUUUUAUGUCAUUUAAAACGUAAAUGAAUAAACUAUUUCUUUGUGCUAAAAGAUAGUCAUGUUUUUGUCAUUAAAAUAGCAGAAUUCAUCAUCAUAUACCUAGUUUAAUACAUAAUAGUUUUAAAAGAAAUGUGUUACCAUUAAUUUUGAUAAGUAUUUAUGUUAUCACCUGUCAUUAUAAUCCUGAUUAAUCUUUCAGUAUGAAUAAAUCGUAAUCAGUUUAUAGUAAUAUGCCCUUGAAAUCCUGAUAAAUAUUUCAGUAUGAAUAAAUCUUAUUCAGGUUAUUGUAAUAUGCCCUUAUAAUCCUGAUUAAUGUUUCAUGAUGAAUAAAUCUUAAUCAGUUUAUUGUAAAAUGCCCUUUAAGCUAUUUUUGGAAUCCACAAAACCCAAGCUGGUUCUAAAAAUGAUAACAUUUCUUUGGCAGCCAACAGCGUUCAGCAUGCUCCAAAUAUAUCUACACGCAAAUCACAAGUUGGAGCUGUCUACUGACAGUGUGUAAUUUUUUGUGGGAUGUUCAGCUGCUCCUCGUAGUGAAUAGUUGGACCUGGCUUAAAAGAAAUGAAACUCGGCUAGUCAAAAUAUUGAAACGGUCCCAUGGUCUAGAGAUUUAUUUUGUCAAGAGAAAAGCCGAUGAUCUUUGAUCUAGUAUCAGUAAUAUCAUGUUUUUUUUUAAAAACAUUAUUUUACAGGACAAAAGUAACAAGCCAACAUCUGAAGAUAAUACAUCCCCAACCCAAGUCAGUGCUUGAUAUCUGUAUUGAAUGAUACAUUUCUGUAUUUAGUGGGGUUAAAUAAUGCUUUACUUUUAGCCCAAUUCAAUGCUAAUGUUAACUCUUUCCCUCCGGAUCAACGCUCCAAUCGUCGAUUUGAAAUGAAGAUUUCGGCGUAUCGACGAUGGGAUCGUCGAUGUAUAAAAACCUGUUUAUUUCGGUUCUUUUCUUAGCUAUUGGUAUUUAGUUAUUUUAAAUCAAUUCUAGAAUGAUUUCCCUUUCAUAAACAUCCGGUUUUACUGUGUUUGUACGAAGAACGAAUUGUUUGAAGCGGUUGUUUUGAUAGUCCAUUUUAUUUUUGUUUACAAACAUGAAAUCUUGACCUGACCCAUCCUGUGAUCAAUCUAAUAAAAGGUGGAAAAUAUUACUCUGAUGAUGAUUCAGACAGUGAUUUUAUGAUUUCAAAUGCAGAGGCUGAUUAGUAGUACUAGUGACAAAAUAAUGAAAUUGGUAAUUCAUCAGCUGAUGAACAACCAGCCCCGCCCCCCAGCUAAAGGGCACAUCCAUAUGGAUUGUUUUUUAGGCUUACUAUUGCUAAACCCAGAUGGAAAUAGGUGACUAAUGUAUGGUAAAUUCUCCAUUUACUAUUAUAAAUUUUAGUACAUACAAGGAUACAGUGCAAUUAUUUUUUAAAUAGCAAGAGAUUGUUUCCAGUGGAUAUUAGUUACAUUUUUUUGCUAAUUUUUUGUGUGGUGGUGACAAUGGAUAAUGUGCUCUGAGGUUUAAUUUUUUCUUUUUUGAAAGUUGAUCUUUAUUAUUUGUGAUGCACAUAUGGAUAUAGUUCAGAAAAAAAACAUUUUUGUUACACUUUGGAUUAUAUAUUUCUCUUCGUGUGACUUCGAAUGAGCGUUUUGUGAGCAUUUGGUGAGUUUUUUAAAAUACAUUUUUCUUUUCCUUAAAUCACAUUUAUUUAUUAAAAUUUAAACCCAAAUGUUGUUUGCUUGCAAAGCGCAUGUAUUUCCCUUUGAUUCCAUACCAAUAUUAACAUUUUCUGAUUAAAAACAAAAAAGUUAUGAAGGUUUAGAGAAAAGAUAGUAGUGCGUAACAAAAACCCGAAAUAGAUAAUUCCGUCAGAACGUGGAAAAUAAUUCCGGAGGGAAAGAGUUAAAAGUAUUACUCUUUCAGAGGCAACUACUUAGACCAUUUUUGACAGAGUAAUUAAGCGGCCUAGAUGUAAUAUUGCCUUGGUAGUUAAACUAAGUUAAAAUCAAAUGUUGCCAUAUUGGCCAAUUGGAAAAUAAAGGCUUUUAAAGAGGAGGCAACAAAAAAAAAAUAGUUUAUAAUCUUUAUUAUAAUGUUGUACAAAUCUAAAAACAUUAAAACUGUGUACAAAAUAUGGAUAAUUGAUAGGAAUUGGGUUUAGUUGAUAGAGAAAUUAUUUUGAAAGUGGUAUAAACUUUGCUCAUUGCUCCUUUAGUAAAUCUUGAAAUUAUUUCAGAUUCCAUUUUUUCAACCCCCAAUGAAAAAGCUUCCUGGAAAACAAAAGAAAAUUAUAAUCAAGGUAAGCUUUGUCCCAUUCCUGGAAGUUGUUUGUUGUUACAAUUGAUGCAGGAAAGUGAUUAAUAUUUCUUAAGCUCUAUAAGAAUGGGGGGGGGGGUGGUUCUGAAUUGAAGACAGAUAGUGAAAAAAUAAUUAAUAACAUCCUAUUUAAUAGACGACAUUCAUUUGUGAAUAAUGUGUAUAUCAUUGUUUUGUUUCCAGGCUGUACUGCCAGAGGUCAUCGUGUCUAAAUCAAGCACUGACAUAACGGCUCGGGUUGAACAAGUGAAGAAACAGAUGAUCAAUGAGACACAUCAUAACUACGUAGACCAGGUGAGUUUAACAUAAUUAUGCACUUUAGAGAUCAAACCAGAUAUAAUGCAUAAUAUUUCAACAACUGGCAACAGAGCACAAGAGCUGAUAUUAAGCCUCAUAGAGGCCUUCAGCUUUGAAAAUUUACCAAGUUCUUUAUAUCAUCCACAAAUGCAAGGACUUUAAGUUUGAGGCAUUGGUGGUUUGUGUUUUAUUGUUGUUCAAGUGGGCAAUGGCUUGCCAAUGUUUGUAAGUGGAAAAAAUACAAUUCUAUGGUUAUGAUUAUAUAUAUAUAAUUUUUUUUUUGUUGAAAAAAAAUCAAUGUAAGGUCAAGCUCAGAACAAAAUUUACUUUUAAAAAAACAUUAAAUCUGAUGAUUUGUUUAGAUAAUCAAGAAAAAUUAUGAGUAACAUGACAGAGAGAAUUGUUUGCCUCAGGUGAAAGCUGCUCUGUCCAAGGACUGCUACAAGCGCUUCUCUUACACCUUGGCCAAGUACUUAAAAGAAAAAGAUAUCCAUGACCUGGUUGCUGUCUUCGCAGAGAUCUUCACAAGCUGUCCACAGAAUUACCACCUCUUUCAGAGUAAGCACAUCACCCUGACCCCCAGCCACGCUUUAAACUUUUGGGCAGAGGCUCUGAACCCUGUUCAACCAAUCAAACGUACCCUUUGGCAUCACUCAGAAGUUGUGUCCAUUGGUGAUGUGGCAUUUUAAAAACACAUAGCUUUUUGAUGAGCUUCAUGUAUGCUCUGCAUAAACUUUCAAGUUUUGCCUCAGUUUUGAACAAUAGUUCAGAAAAAGUUUCACCUCCACGUCUGCUAGCAAUUGCAUUCUAGAAAAAUGUAUUUAACUUUUGCAGGAAUUUGUGAAUCUAGCAGCUACAAAGUAUACCAUAUUUUUUCUGAAGGCUUAAUUUAAAAUAUCCUAUUUUAAGAGAUUUUAAUUACUAAAGCAAUAAACUGAGUAGUCUCUUACCAUGGGUGGCAAGUUUAAUUAAUUUUUGUGCAUUUGAUGUUACUGUAAAACAAUACCCUCAAUGUUAGUGUAACUGAAAAUGCUUCAGUCGCAGAAUUAAAAAGAGGAUAGUCUGCUGCGCUGGGUGGGACACUUAGAAAGAAUUCAAAAUGACAGAGAAGGGAAACACCACCAAAACCUGAAGAGGACAACGGCUCAAAGGCAGACCUAAGCUUAGAAGUUAGGUCUGAGUGGAAGGAAGUGGGUAGGCAGGCGAAAGCCCUACAGGGGCUGUAGCACUACAGAAUUGGAUGGGUGGAAAAUGCUUCAGGCUGAUCCAUCAAAAACUUUAAUAAAGAGACCUAAUUUUUUUUCCAUAGAAUUCAUUCCAUUUGUGAAGUUGGCAGACAAGCAAUACUAUGCUCGUACCUGCUUUGAGUUGACAGGUCUCAAGUGUGACUACAAACCAACUCCAGGCGGGGACAAAAGGCCUCUUGGCACCAACUCAGAUAAUAAAUUAAAUCCACCAAAGGAACUGAGGUGUUCCAAGUCUGAAGCAGAAUCUUCCAGCAAAGACAGGUAUUUUGUCCUGUUCAUCGUUUUGUUGUUUUCAUUAAAAAUUCAUCACAUUAGAGAUUAACCUUGGUGCUGAAAUGAUUUAAGUAAAAUCAUUUUAAAAAACUUGAUAAUAUUACCAAAGGUAAAGAUUUUAAAAGGAAUAAAAAUCAUUUUAAAAAACUUGAUAAUAUUACCAAAGGUAAAGAUUUUAAAAGGAAUAAACGGACAGGGGGGGGGGGGAACAAAUAUUUUUUAAGAAGUCAGAUUUCUUCUUAAUACUGCAACUGUAAUAUAAUAUAGCUUUGAAAAUCAUGGACAUUUAGGGACUUUCCUAUAAAGUUAGAGUUAUAAUUUUGUACACAGUAAUCAGAAGUUGUUGUAUUCAACCCCAAUCCAUAUUUUUAGUAAAACAUAAUGAGCGAGUGCACUCAAUUUAACAUUAAAUGAUGGUAAAAAUUGCAAAAGGGGCUUGAACACUGAAGUGGAACACAAGUAAACUUGUCCCCUUCACCGCCUGGGCCAUCGGGGGGGGGGGAGAUAUUUCAACCUGGUCCAAACCCCGCAGCUUCCACUUAUUGGAAGUGAAGGUAACUGUAGCACUGUGUUCAGCUUGACUUGUUCAAGGAGCUUCCACUUAUUGGAAGUGAAGGUAACUGUUGCACUGUGUUCAGCUUGACUUGUUCAAGCAGCUUCCACUUAUUGAAAGUGAAGGUAACUGUUUCACUGCGUUCAGCUUGACUUGUUCAAGCAGCUUCCACUUAUUGGAAGUGAAGGUAACUGCUGCACUGCGUUCAGCUUGACUUGUUCAAGCAGCUUCCACUUAUUGAAAGUGAAGGUAACUGUUUCACUGCGUUCAGCUUGACUUGUUCAAGCAGCUUCCACUUAUUGGAAGUGAAGGUAACUGUUUCACUGUGUUCAGCUUGACUUGUUCUGCAAAAGAGAUCUCACUUGUUGAUGUGUAUAAUGUUAAUCGUUCCAUCUUAAAAAGAAAAAAAACAGAAACCAAUUUCAGCUAAAAUGAGUUUAAAAAAAAAAUAUCUAUAAUUCUCAUAGAACAUGACCUAUUUUUCCUUCUACUAAUAAAACUUUGUGUCAUUAACAGUUGCAACACAAGAACCACAACUCCAGUUGUUGAUCCUGAAAGCAACAGUGUGUUAAAGUGUCCCGGCAGCAGCAGUCAAGAAAUUGAAGGUAUUAUUAUAGUCAAGUUAAAUUCUUUACCUGUCAAAUCCAUAUUUUUGUUUUUUCAUUGAUCCCCUGAACCACUUGCUAUCACUACGGGUAAUACCCAUAUAGUAUAUAGUCUCAAAACUUAACAGUUUGUUAAAUUGGCACAAAAAAAUGUGUAGGUUUAUUUUCUAUGCAAAAAAAAAUUCCUCAGGCCAUCAACCUGACACUGAAGCCUUUGCUAACGACAGUCCAACAAUGACUAUGCUCAACAGAAUAUCGAGGCUACCUUCCUGCCUACAAGGAGGGAAUCAAAGUUACUUUGGUUGAAAUGAAAGGCGACGGACAGGUGUCUGUGCUUACCAAAGACAUUUCUCAAAGGGCACCAGGGUUCAGAGAUGGUCACCUGCUCUGGACGUCAGACCAAGGAAAAGUACCCCAGUUUAAUUACGAUGACAGGAAAAGCUACGAUGAGCUGGUCAAGCGGGGGGCCAUUGACCCCAAAGAUGGGCUUUUUACCCGUGACAUGUUUGUGUUCCCAAAGACUUGGGAGGAGGCCAGACCUGAGAGAAGAGAGUUUGUUAGGUUUCCAGAAGGUUAGAGAUCUUCUAUAUUUUGAGGGCCCACGAUCAAUGCAUUGAUAAUUCUGGCUCCUAUGUUUGUAGAGGGCGUUCACCAUGUUUCUGUACCCGGUAUUGAAGAGGAUACUGGUUUGCAAGGGUUACUCAUCGAUGAUAUAAGGAACUGGGGGCUGGAAGGUUGGAAUGAGCAGUUCCUGUACUACGUUCUUGCUGUUCUGAGCCGGAACUGCCUGUCAUGGCCUCGUUGCUGUCUAGGGAGGAGAGGGACGAGUUUUUGUUUAAUGCUGGAGCAGUGGACAGGCCCAUUAUUUAUCUUGUACAUCAUUGAGAGUCUCGAUAAUUGUCGCCUUUCUUCCAAUGGUGACUAGCCCAGUGUUUCCAGCAUGCUGCCAAUACUUGAGAUGUUCCUGUAGUGGUUCAGGACCGAGCGCGCUGCCUAUAGCUGGACCGCCUCCAACCUGUCGAUGGUCUUCUGGGUGAAUGGGUCCCCCAGACUGCAGAUUUCUAAAAGUGGCCGCACAAAGGCUUUAUAGUCUUUUUCUUUCACGCUGAAGUUGCAAAUCCUCAGAUGUCGCAUUAGGAACCCUAGGGUAUUGUUUGCCCGGUUGUACACGGUGUCAAUGUGCUCGUCCCUGAGGACCUCUCUUUGAAUGGUAACACUGAGGUACCUUACGGAGUUAACUGGCUCAAGCAUAUGACCAUGCAGUUUGUAAGGGUGAGGUAGAAGGGAUCUGCCUCUGGAGACUAACAGGGAUGCAAUUCCAUGUCCCAGCUCAACUCCCACUCAGCUAAUCACUUGAGGUCCUGUUCUAGCUGGUCCUGUAACCUGCCAUGUCGUGUGCGAACAGUCUUACUUGGGAGGUCAGCUUCUCGGGCAGAUCAUUGAUGUAUGCUAGGAACAAACAGGGGCCUAGCACCGAGCCCUGGGGGACCCCUGACAACACAAAGGAGGAGCUUGUGCAGUCCACCACUACUGCCUGGCAUCGAUCACUGAUUAAGCUAGAGAUCCAUGUUUUGGUAGUGCCUUGGAUACCAUAUCUCUGAAGUUUGUGAAAUAGCAAACUAUGGUUGACACUGUCAUAUACCUUUGAGAAAUCCAUCACCAGCAUGCCAGUUAGCUUGCUGUUCUCCAGAUUGGUCGUCAGUCAAGUCUUCUACAAACUGAAGAAGCUGGGUCUCACAUGAUCUAUUGACUCCGGAGCCAUGCUGACAGUCAUUGAAUAUAUUGUGGCUUUCAAAAAGCUUCAUGACUGUGUUUACGAUUAUGUGCUCAAAUAUUUUGCAUUUUUGCUGGUGAGCCAUACCGGACUUAUUUGGCAGGGUCAGAAUGCUCCCCUUUCUUGUAGAUUGGAGUGACAUGCGCUGCUCUUCAAUCUGUUGGAACAUUGAUUGUGUACAGCGAUGAUUUGAAGAGGAUUGUCAGUGCAGGAGCGAUUUCAUGGCCAAUUUUUUGAGCACUCAGUGGUUUGAUGUUGUCAGGACCACAUGCCUUGUAGGGGUUAAUGAUUUUGUGGAGGGCCAGCACCCCCUUCCCUGAAAUCUGGAUAUCUUCCAUGAUGGGGUAGGCUGUGCUCAUGUUGGUCUUCAGAAGGAACUCAACCUCUGAGUACUCUCUACCAUCACCAAAGCCAGACUGGAACUGUUGAGUAUGCCCGCCUGUGCUUUUGGGUCAGAUGCCAAAUGGCAUUAUUUUGUUAGGUUUUCAGAAGGUUAGAGUUUGUUAGGUUUCCAGAAGGUUAGAGCUUGUUAGGUUUCCAGAAGGUUAGAGUUUGUUAGGUGUCCAGAAGGUUAGAGUUUGUUAGGUUUCCAGAAGGUUAGAAUUUGUUAGGUUUCCAAACGGUGAGAGUUUGUUAGGUUUCCAGAAGGUUAGAGCUUGUUAGGUUUCCAGAAGGUUAGAAUUUGUUAGGUUUCCAGACGGUGAGAGUUUGUUAGGUGUCCAGACGGUUAGAGUUUGUUAGGUGUCCAGAAAGUUAGAGCUUGGUAUAAAACUGUUGGAGAUGUUCACAUGGUUUGGACACAGCUGUAGAUGUUUUUGUCUAAAUGGUUUGGCUUCGGUGAAAAAUCUUUUGUUUUACUGGUCGUACUGUUGUUUUCCUUAAAUAUAUAUAUAUAUAUNCUUCUUAGCCAUCAUUUUGCUUAGUAUUUGUUAUUAUAAAGGAUGGAUUUUGCAGGAAAUAUGAAAAUAAAAACACCCGAGUCUGUAUCAUUUCUUAUCCAUAUGAUUAAUUUUGUACAUGAUCAUCUUUGUAUCUAAAUUUAUUUGUAACAAAAUUCAAUGUAAAUUACUUCAUGCAUACAAAAAAAAAAUGAUUUUAAACAAAUGCAUUAAAUAUAUUAAUUUCCAAUUGUGUUUCAAGAAAUACAAUUAAAAUAAUUUUUUUAAUUAAAAAAAAAAAAAAACUUUUCACAGGGGAGACAAUCUUCUCUACAUGUUUGUUUUGUAAUCAAAAGCCAUUUAAUGGAAUGAGGCAUGAAUGUGGGGCGACUUGUUGUUUCUUGUGUUGGAAAACAAACACAUUUGAGGUUAGUGGCUGGUUAUAUGGUUGGACGGGAUGUUGGUUGUAUUAAUGAACAACACAGUGAUUUUUCUUUACAGAUAAUUAAAAUUAAUAAUUUUGUAAAAUGUUCUGUAGAAGGAGUGAAAACAAAAGCCAAUGGGUUAUGAAGUAUUGCGCCAUCCUUACACACUGGAACCACAGAUUAGGAAUGCCCCGGUUAAUGAACAAAUGAGUUAAGAAAUAAGUUUAAUGAACAAUUUUCGUCUUCAGUUAAUGAACUAUAACUCGGGCUACGAACAAUGCAUUCUUCGGUACACAAUCUCACCGGCACAGUGGGUCUUUGGUGCAUUUCCGUAAAUAUCGUUUGUCCAAGGGCUGUGUUCAAAAACACGACUUUUUGUUACUUUUGCUCUUCGUGUGUUAUGAAAGCCAUCAUUAUGACACCUAAAGAUAGAAGUGUUGUUACGAGGAAUAGUGUCGUAAUUUAUAGGACUUAACUUGUUAGAUUUUAAUAUGUGGGUUGAGACAUGGGAUGGACGUCUGGAGGGUAAAAGAUCUGAUCAGGAGAAUUUUGUCUUCAGAGAUAUAACAAUUGAAUAAUGUGGGAUACAAAUCUAGUCAAGUUUAUAGUAACGCGUUGGGUAAAUAUGAGGGGGAAAUUUGUGAGAAACAGACCAUGAAGUUGGAGAUUCAAGGACGCAGUGGUAGCCAUAGACAAAGAUAGACCUAGUGAUAGCCAUUUCGUCAAGUGUUAGAGCCAGGAAAGAGCUAUCAUUGGAUAUGUGAUAUAAUAAUCCUCAAUAAAUAUUUUCUUCAGAUGUGUUUCUGAGGAGUUGUUUGAACUAUUUUUAGUGCCUUGUUUUUUCUGAGUUCUUCUCAACAUCUGGAUCAACCAUCACAGAGAGCAGCCGCCCUGUGUUAGUCACAAUCGCACAUAUUACUUGGUACGUGGCCAUAAAUGUGGCCCACACACAUACUACUUGGUACAUGGCAAUAAGUAUGGUCCACAUCCUCAUAAUAAAAUCCAUUCUGUGAUAAAUAGAAACAUAAUUAUUUAACCUAGCCAAAAUUUUAACGCUGCCAUUUGUGCCUUUGUAUAUAUUUCUGUUAGAAAUUAUUUUGAUAAGCUACGACAGUAGUUCCUAAACUUUUUUAGAUUCAAGUGACCCUUGUUGAAUCCAGAUUUUUUUCCAAGGCGAAAUAACGAAAUAUUUUCUUUAAAUUAAAGGAUAAGGUAAAAAUAAAUGAAACACGUGUGUAGGUGGAUGAGCUCCGUCUAGUAACCAUUUGUAGGAGCUUCUGCAAACAGUAGUUAUUCAAGUGAGCUAUGAGAUAUUGCGUCCCGUCGCAUUGGAAUGAAAAUGGAAAUUUUGUCAUGCUGUUCAUUAUUUUAUGUAUGUAUUUUAUUUAAAUGUCAUGAUAAUGUCUCUUUUGAUAUUAGUUUUAUGUACAGCGCGGUGACCCCAGCCCUAGUCUGGGGUACUGCGCUAUAUAAGCUCACUAAUUAUUAUUAUUAUUAAAUAAAAUUAUAAAAAAUGUGUGAUAUUUUCUGGAGAGGAAGAGAUAAAAGUUUUGGAAACAAUGGGUAAACAGACAGAGAAAACCAGUGACUUAUUUUUAUAUGUUUCACAAUUACUUUGUUUGCUGUGUACGCCAUAAUUAUCUCUAAAUAAAAUUUGCAAGGGGUUGGGACUAUUAAUAUUUGCCUUUUUUUUUUUUUUUUUCUUUUUUUUUUUUUUUUUUUUUUUUUUUUUUUUUUUUUUUUUUUUUUCUUUUUUUUUUUUCUUUCUUUUUUUUUUUUCUUCUCCUUUGUUAUAUACAGAUAGCCCCCACGGGAGAUUAAUUAGGUUCGAUGUAUUGGAAAUAAAUAAUUGUAAAAAAAAUUCAACAUUUAGAAGUAUUUAUAAAUUUGUUCUCCAGGGCCCUGCAGAAAGAAAGUGUCCCUACAUUCACUGUGGCAAACGAGUCCAAAGGAAACAUCUGGUCACAGUUACAGAUACAAUAGAUGCUGCAUCCUGAAGUGAACACUAGAACUAUGACCGGGU